CUCAGUCUUAGAAUCUCAGUUUUCCCGCCUUCACUGAUUCCUCCCUCGCCCUCGCCCUCGCCCUCGCCCUCGCCCUCUCCCCCUCUCGACUCUUACAAUAACUAAUGGUGGUUGCCAUUCUGCUCGUCAAUGUCGCAGCAGAGCCGCCAGAGUGCGUCCACUUUGAGCGCUUUGACCGCGAGCUGACCUUUGCGUUGCCGCCGCUCGUUCUUCCUGCUGCUGCUGCCACCGCCGCCGCCGCCGCCACCACAGGCGCCAACCCUGUUGCUGGUGGUGGUGCUGUUGGCCAUCGCGGCGUCGGCGGACUCGGCUGGGACGGCGCUUCGUCCGGAUCGCCCAUCAGUCAGCCGCUCUUCCCAUCCUCAUCCUCAUCCUCAUCAUCCUCAUCAUCAUCACAGCAACCUCAGCCCCAGAUCCAGCUUCAGCAGCAUCAUCAUCCUCAUCCUCAUCCACAGCAGCAGCAGCCGCAACAGGCGGUCAUUGAUUCCGUCGCCUCGCUUUGGCAGCAGCGCGUCGCUCUUGUCGUUCGUCGCGUUCAGUCGGAGGUCGUCUUCCGAAGGGCGUGCUCGGCGUCGUCGAGUGGUUCAAGCGGCGGAUUUGCAGGAUUCUCAGCGGGCAGCGGUGCAGGCGGUGGUCAGACGAGCACUGCGGCUGAAAUUCUGGGUGGAUCAGCUCCCGAGUUUUCGACUGCCGACUCAGACAAACGCCGGGAGAAAGGAUUGUUCUCGCUACCGGUCAGCCAGUUGUUUUUCGAGCCCAAGAUUGUAGUAUGGCAAUGCAUGGCAAGUCUCGCUUCCGUGUUGAUUUUGGACUCGCACGAAAACCGCACUCUUGCUGGCUCGGUGCUGGCCGCCGUCACCUCCCGGAUUGAGGAUUUGUUCAAGAAUGCAGCCAUUCUCGAGCAACCGCUGGAGGCUUUGCUCAAGCCAGAGGAGAUUGGCGGCUUGAUACACGAGUACAUUCCACAGGGCCAGCUCUUGUUCAUGAACACACGGGUUGCAAAGCAUCUCAAAGACCGAGCAGACGAAGCGAUUUCUGUCAAGUUCUGAGCGGCAGAUUUUUUUCUUUCUUGUAAACAGUACCAUUUUUUUUCAAACCAACCUCCC